AUGUCGAAGGAUAUUCAUCUUGUUGUAUUUGUUCAUGGCUUAUGGGGAAACCCAGGUCAUUUACAGUAUUUAGUUGAUAAUUUUGAGGACAAACAUGGCCACGAUGUUCAUAUUCUAAAUUCAAAGAACAAUUCAUCUGCUUAUACUUAUGAUGGUGUGGAUAUAAAUAAAGAAGUUAAAUCACUCCAAGAUAAAACCUUUAAAGUCGCUAAGUUUAGUAUUGUUGGAUACUCUCUUGGCAUUAGACGCGAAGACGAUAAAACAUUUACAAAAUUAACUAAUUGGGCAUCAACAACACUCUUGUCAAAAACUGGGGAACAACUUACUUUUGUGGAUAAAUACGAGGAAAAUGAGCCAAUUUUAUUGACGAUAUCUCGCCCAGACAAAAUUUACUUCAAAGCUCUUUCCGCGUUUAAAUAUAGAGCAUUAUAUGCAAACGUCAGGAAUGAUAGAACCGUUCCUUUCUGGACAGCCUCGAUAUCUGAAGUCGAUCCAUUCGAUAAUUUUGAAGAAUUAAAUAUUACUAUUACAGUACAAGGUAUAUUGUCAAGGCGAAGAGUGCAGAAGAUUUUAGCUUCAAAGGCCAAAAAUGAAGUUUAUAGUUUUAAUCAUGCGGAAAUCAGCGUUAGAGCUACAAGUUUAGAAGAAGAUGCUGUAGAGACUGCAAUGAAUAUAAGAAAUUUUCUCACACCGAGUUCGCCUACAACAACAAAUCCACCACAUUCUCCAUUAUUACCGUCAAAUGUAAAUUCAUUGGAAAAUUUUACUACUACUUCUUCAGCAUUUCCUCCUGUUCAUGUAUGCCAUGAUCAACGUGAAGUAUUUGCAAACUUAAAUCGAUUAACAUGGAAAAAAUUUGCUGUUUGUCUUGAUGCAUUCAAUUCACAUGCAGCUAUUGUGAUGAGAAAUCGGCUUCAGUCAAAGGGAAAAGAUAUCAUAAAACAUUUUGUGAACGAGACAUUUAAGGAUAAUUAA